AUGCAUGAUAAUACUCCGGUUGAAUUUCAUCCUAUUAACGGCGGAUCCAAAACUUUCCAUUGGAUUUUGACAUUGGCAUUAUUGCUUUUGAUGCCUUCGGUAUCAUCGGCAUUGGCAUUUGCUAAUAGAUUACAUUGGUCACUUUUCCUUCAGUUUAUUCUGACUGGAUACCUGGUGAUGGAGUCGCUUUUUCUUGACUUUCCAGACAAUACAGACAACCAUGAAAACAGGACGUCUAAAGGUACUAGCUGGUUCCUUAGUUUAUUGCUCGGAGCUACGGUGUUCAUGGGAAGUUUUAUAAAUGGGUCAAAUUUGGUUAUUAACAAGUUCUACCCACAUCUAUCUACUAAAGGCCAGUAUGGUAUCACGUACAAGAUCUAUAAGACGCUAUCGUUUUUGGCUGUUUUAACUGGAUGGGUUCGGGUUUGUAUGGCUCCAGUAGCAUUGUUUGGCUUCUGUUACGGAAUUCAUACUGGCCAAUGCAUUGCUCAUGGGAUCAUGGGGUCAUCAUUCAUCCUUUAUGGAUUUGUGCUAGCUUUUGUGCUUGUGAUUCCGUGGAUUCGCCAACACUCUAACCCAAACAUAAACAGUGAUCCUAACAGGCGCUCGCAGGAGUUUUACGAUUCAUCUCUUAUGUGUCUUUGGGGCAUAGUUAACACAUUCACAGAACACAGAUGGGGCCGUGAAGGAUGGUCGCACGGUGAUUACCAACACACGGCCAUGGGAAUUAUCUGGUGGUGUGGAGGAUUAGUGGGAAUGUGGUUAACAAGAAAGAACAAUACUAGGUCAUUUAUUCCGGCAUUGUUGCUUAUUUUCACAGGUUAUGGUAUGUCUCAACACGCUCAGCACUUGGAGAUCUCCACAAAAGUCCAUGCCAUGUUUGGUUUAGCUUUGAUGGGAGGUGGUGCCAGUAGAAUCGUUGAAAUCCUGUUCAUCCUACAAGAUAAAGGCUCUAGUGACUCAGGUAAAAUCCUCUCCUUUCAACACAUGCCUCCGUUUUGUCUAAUCUUAGCAGGUAUAUUAUUCAUGUCUGCGAACGAAGAACAAUUGAUAUUGGUGAAAGAUUUGGGCGCCGACCAUUCAGCCUAUAUUUUGGUGGUUACUGGAGCGGCUUUUAUUAUCUACUUAUGGAUGUUGUUGCUUUUGUCCUUAUACUUACAUUUGGUAGGUUAUGAUGAAAAUGGUGAAUUAGGCCUUGGUCCUAAUUCAAAUUAUCAAAAUAUUAGUACACACGAUGCCGAGGAGUUUGAGUUAGGCGAUCUUAGUGAAGAAGAAACUGAGGAACAUUCCCCUUCCCCUGCGACCAACUAA